AUGUUUGGAAUAAAUUCACCAUGCUAUGAUUUGCUUGGUUUGACUGCUGGUAGUACAUUAAUUGUCCAAAUAUCACCAAGUGUAUUCACCGUAAAAGCACUUCAAGAUCCUGUUCUUAUUGAAGAUGUUUGGACUUAUAUUGUUCUUGCUUAUUGUCAAACAUAUGGAAUGCAUCUUUGGAUCAAUGGAACACUUUUAAAUGUGCAUCUAAUGCAUUACCUAUUGUGGAUUUAG